UGGGCACAUCUGCUAAUGUCGUAUGUGUGUUCAUUUUGGACAUGUUAUGUUCUUUACAAGGAAUACAAGAUAAUAGCUACUAUGAGGUUGGAAUUUUUGGCAUCUCAAAAUCGCCAUCCUGAUCAAUUCACGGUUCUUGUGAGAAAUGUUCCCCCGGAUCCAGAUGAAGCAGUCAGUGAGCACAUUGAACAUUUCUUUUGUGUAAAUCAUCCUGAUCAUUAUCUGACACAUCAAGUUGUAUACAAUGCAGUUAAGCUUGCAAAAUUGGUUGCAAAGAAGAAGAGCUUUCAAAACUGGCUUGUCUAUUACCAAAAUAAACAUGAGAGAAAUCCCUCGAAAAAGCCAACUACAAAGACAGGUUUUUGGGGACUUUGGGGGAGUAAAGUGGAUGCAAUUGACUACUACACUACUGAGAUUGGGAAGUUGAGUGAAGAAGAAGAUGCAGAAAGAGAGAGGGUAAUUAGUGAUUCUGAGGCUAUAGUUCCUGCAGCAUUCGUUUCAUUCAAAACCCGAUGGGGAGCAGCAGUCUGUGCUCAAACUCAGCAAUCAAGUAACCCUACAAUUUGGUUGACAGAAUGGGCUCCAGAGCCACGUGAUGUCUUUUGGGACAAUCUUGCAAUUCCAUAUGUCGAACUCACUAUUCGAAGAUUGCUCAUGGCUGUUGCUCUAUUUUUCCUUACUUUUUUCUACAUGAUACCAAUAGCAUUUGUUCAAUCUCUUGCCAACAUUGAGGGCAUUGAGAAGGUUCUUCCUUUCUUGAAGCCACUAAUAGAAAAGGAUGUUGUCAAGUCUUUUAUCCAAGGAUUUCUCCCUGGCAUUGCAUUAAAGAUAUUUCUUGUUUUACUUCCAACAGUUCUUAUGACUAUGUCCAAAAUAGAAGGUUUUAUAUCACUCUCAUCAUUGGAGAAGAGAUCAGCUUCAAAAUAUCAUCUAUUCAUACUUGUUAAUGUGUUUCUUGGAAGCCUUAUUGCUGGAACAGCACUUCAGCAGCUUAAGCAGUUUAUUGAGGCACCCACAGGAGAUUUCCCCAAAACCAUUGGUAUGUCAAUCCCAAUGAAAGCAACAUUCUUCAUCACAUAUAUAAUGGUUGAUGGCUGGUCUGGAAUUGCUGUAGAGAUCCUCAGAUUGGUUCCUUUAGUUAUGUUCCACAUAAAGAACACAUUUUUGGUUAAGACUGAUCAAGACAGGGAGCAGGCAAUGGAUCCUGGUUGCUUGGAUUUUGCUACAUCUGAACCUCGGAUACAGUUUUAUUUCUUGCUGGGGCUUGUGUAUUCAGUAGUAACACCAGUACUUCUUCCUUUCAUAGUUGCCUUCUUUACUUUUUCCUUUGUGGUCUUCCGUCAUCAGGUACAUCAAUGA